ACUUCUACAAAAGGGCACAGAUGUCACUGCAGUCGGCGCGUCAUAGGGCUGCAUUUUUUAUUAUCGACAGAUUUUUAGCGGGAAAAAAAAUGAAUACGUGCUAAAUUUACAAGGAAUUAAACCUAAUGAAACAGGGACGUUUUGACCUCUCCCAACAAGGCAGGCGUUGACAGAUAAAAACACGUGGCCCUAGACUCAUGCCUUAAGGGCUUUAAAUACCUCAGGCGAAAAACAGAGAUAAACCAAUUCUUUAUGAAUUUCCCCUUGAAUAACAUUCAAAAGAAACAAAACCAAUACGAGCCAUUUAAGUAAGCGUUGAUUGACCGACACCUGACUUAAUUAUCAAUAAUCGAUCACAAAUCAUCAACAGAUCAGAGGAAACUCACCUUGAAGGGCACCUACUUGGGUAUGACCGGUCAAAUUUGGGCGCAAAUUUUGGCGGGUCUUAUCAGUUUCGAGGACAAGCUCCCUGCCAGAAGGGCAGGUAAAGAGAUGAGUUUCCUGGAACCCUAAUGACAAUAGAUUUUAUGCAUUCCGCCUAGAGGAAGGUCAUGAACAUAGAGAUGCAAUUGAAGGCCGCAGAGGCGAGAAGGAACGAACUGGAGAGGCAGCAUGCUGAAGCCUUGGCUGCCCUUCGAGGAUGUGGGGCUGAUACCCUAGAAGCCCACCAGUCUAGGGUACGGGAGCUUGAGAAGAAAGUAGCCCUCGAAACUGUACGAUGUGAGGAGCUGCAGCUGGAGAUGUCGACGCCUCCGGUCCGACGUAACGGUGACGGCGUCGGUCACAUGACCUCAUCGUCCUACGGCGUCACCUCCGGUCAGGCAGUCAGCGGUGGCAGCUGGACAAACAAAGGUACAGAAAUAGAAAGAAUAAUGGCUAAAAUAGAGCAGGAUAACAGAAUUUUAGCUGAAUUAGAUCACAACCGAGCCACCACGAUGGUUUAUUCCUUUCCAGGCCAAGGACUAGCAACUUCGGCCAGCAGCCACGCCUUAGGGGAAUGUAGUCCGCCCCUGUCGCCCAUAACGAUGUCCCACACGACCCCGAGCAUAUACCCGGGCAACAUGGGGGCCCACAAUUCAUACCAGCCCUCCAGUCUCCAAUCCACCUACCUACCAUCCAACGUGCAACAAAACCCGACCUCGAACUAUAACACCUCGCCCUACAACACCUACCAGCAUUCGUCCUACAGCAAACCGAGUACGAUGAUGGGGAGCUCCAUGACCCACCACAACACCUCGCUGGGCAACCCUCUGGGACAAACCUCAGCCAGCAUGCUAGGUACCAACUUGACCUCGAAUCUGCAGACGUCCAUAGGUGGUAAUUUCGGAGGAACAUCCUUGACCAACGUUGGACUCAACAUGGUACCGAGUAGCUACACCACCAGCACCUUAGGAAACACCAACACCUUCAGCAAUCCGUUGGGAACCAACAUAAAUACGGGUCUUACAAACUCCACCUUCAAUAACCCAAGUUAUACCAACCCUAUCACCAACACCCUGAGCCAAUUCUCCUCGUUGCCAUACAACCCUGCAACUACUUCUUCUUUCUCGAACAAUGUUACGUUUUCGAACCCUUUGACGCAGUACAACAGUCUACCCCUUUCUGGAGCUAUGAGUAUGAAGUUGAAGCAGUUAGAGGAGACAGAUUUGGGUAUCAGAAGGGUGCCAACACCAGUAACACCGCACAACAAUCCAACCUGGGGCUUGACCAGCAACCUGACAGGGAUGACAGACACGAGACCCAGGGGUAUCCUCAACGACGGCCUCGACUCAGAAUGGUCGACAGGUCUGCACGACAGAGACAGGAGUUUUUUGAACGGGCACAACGUGACCAACGAAGGACAGGUUGAUAUGUUGGACAUCCCUGGGAAAGGAAGGUGUUCUGUGUACAUUGCAAGAUUUUCGUAUGAACCUGAACCAGAUAUUGAAGAAGAAUUAGCCAUACAAGCCGGAGAUUACCUACUGGUUUGGGGUGACCCUGUUGGACCCGGAGGAUUCUUGGACGCCGAGCUGUUGGAUGGGAGGAGAGGGUUGGUUCCAUCGCACUUCGUCCAGCGUUUGAUAGGCGAUGAUCUUCUGGAGUUCCAUCAGGCUGUCUUGAGCACCCUGCGCGAGGAGGAGAUCAACCAGGAGAACUUCGCUGCCGACGUCCAAAGACUGAAUGAAAUAGCUGAAAUGUCCGAGAACCAGGAAGAUGAUGGACCAGAAGGUGAGCAAGGCAAGAAUUCCACAAGAUUACAGCCCUAUGUACCAGCACCAAGGCAACUGACGCUGGAGAGGCAGCUCAACAAAAGUGUCUUGAUAAGCUGGACAACUCCGGAGAACGUUGGCCCUGGUAACCAUAUAGAAAGUUACCACGUGUACGUUGAUGGCGUCUUGAAGGCUACCAUAAAGGCCACCGAGAGGACCAGAGCUCUAGUUGAAGGCGUCGACAGUAAUAAACCUCAUCGGAUCAGCGUCCGAUCUGUCACAAUGAACCGUAGAACAUCACGAGAUGCAGCCUGCACCAUGAUCAUAGGCAAAGACACCCAUCAGCUAGGGCCAAGCUCUGUCAGGGCCACCAACAUAACAUCGACAUCAGCCGUCAUAAGUUGGCUGCCGGCCAAUUCCAACCACCAGCACGUCGUUUGCGUGAACAACGUGGAGGUUAGGACGGUAAAACCUGGAGUUUACCGUCAUACCAUCACUGGUCUUACCGCCAACACUCAGUAUAGGGUAACGGUGAGGGCGAAGCAUCAUCGAGCUGCUCAGAACGUUGCCAACCUAGCAGAGGAGCUACCAAUGCCUGCUGCAGCCCAUACGGACUUCAGGACCCUGCCAAAAGGGCUGCCAGAUCCACCAAGUGAUAUCAUGGUGGAACCAGGACCCCAAGAUGGAACCUUGUUGGUAACCUGGCACCCCAUCCAAACGCCUCACCAUCCCGGCUCCAGCGUCACUGGAUACGCGGUUUACGCUGAUGGCAAGAAGGUGACUGAUGUGGAUAGCCCAACAGGGGAUCACGCACUCAUAGACAUCAGUAAGCUGUUAGGAUUGAACCCAAAACAUGUGACAGUAAGGACAAAAGCUAGGGACAGCCAAUCCACUGACUCCCUGCCAACCCCGAUACCCAUGAGCGUUUUGAGGGGAGGUGCUGUGAAGAACAGGCAGCAGCCACACUCAGCAGUGAUGCCACCGCACAUAAGGCAACAGAUGCCUAGGCAACAGCAGCAAGGGCAACAGGUUAUAGAGCCUGAAGAGAACCUGAGUGACAAGGAAAUCUUCCCAAACCAGAUGGGACACAGGCAGCAAGGAGGGAUACCCUCCAUCGCGCAACGUCCACUUACAGAAAUAACGAAAGAAAGCUAUGAAAGUAACAUGAGUGAAGACGAAAUACUAGAUAGGAGGAACCAAAGACAGUACCAACAGGGCAGAAACCAGCAGCAGGGGCAGCAACAGCAGAGGAAUCAGCAGCAACAGCAAAGGAUGGACCAGCAAGGUCAGCAACAAGGUCAAAAUCAGCAACAGUAUUACCAACAACAAGCCCAACAGAACACCAGGCAGAUGCAGAUGAGGGGUCAGCAGAUGCAGCAACAAGGCAGUUCGAGAGGGCAACAGGUCAAUCAGCAGACCAACCCCAACAACCCCCCUAACCCUCAAAAGAGGGCUAGGUGGUUCUUCGCCCUCUUCGACUAUGACCCUGCGACCAUGUCACCUAACCCUGAUGCCUGCGAUGAAGAGCUACCCUUUUCGGAGGGUGAUACCAUCAAAGUUUGGGGGGAUAAAGAUGCCGAUGGUUUUUACUGGGGUGAAUGUAGAGGUAGAAGAGGCUAUGUACCCCACAACAUGGUGAUGGAAGUUGAGGGACAACAAAAUCGAGAUAGAUGGGGUGAUAUUUACGCCAAUAUGCCAGUGAAAAGGAUGGUUGCACUGUACGACUACGAUCCACACGAGCUGAGUCCAAACGUCGAUGCAGAGCAGGUGGAAUUGAGCUUCACCACCGGUCAAAUCAUAAACGUCUACGGGGACAUGGACGACGACGGCUUCUACAUGGGUGAAAUCGACGGGGUGAGAGGUUUAGUGCCUUCAAACUUCUUGACGGAAGCGCCGGACCAGUAUGGGGGAGGCCAGACCUCCCAGAGCGGCCAGGGAGGCAUGGGUAGAGGCCAGAGGAGUCAGAGGGGUAUAGGUCCUGGGGCGAGGGGUCCCCCACCACCCCCGCGCGAUGCACAAAUGCGACCGACGAGGAGCAAAGAUGCCUGUCCUACUGUGUUAUCCUCCUCUCAGUUAGACAAUGUCAACACCGCGUCAACACCGAACACAACACAGAACUUCAAUGAGCACAACCAGGGGAGGGGGAGAGGAGCAAUGAAUCAAGGUGGUAACCAGCAAACCCCGGUCACCCAACAGCAACAGCAGCAGUCUACAGCGUCCAGCAUCUUUAGCAGCAUCAUGGGAGUAGCUUCUAGUAAUACCCCCCAAAAUCAGCAGCAGCAGCAACAACAGCAGCAGAAUCAGCAGCAAAACCAGCAGAACAUGCAGCAGGGCCAGCAGCAGACCUACGGCCAGGGCCAGCAGCAGUACGGGCAGCAGAACCAGCAGCAGUUCGGACAGCAGAACCAACCGAGGAUGACGCAGAUGAAAGGGGUGCCUCAGGUGGUACCAACUGUUAUGGGUACCGGUGCGGGCAACAUGGCGAACCAGCAGGGCCAGCCAGGCGCCCCCAAUCUGAUGCAAAAACUGAACGAAAUCACUGCACCUGGUGGGGACAUAUUGUCGAAGGGCAAAGAACUGAUCUUUAUGAAAUUCGGGCUCGGGGGUAAAUAAUACUAUCUUCACGUUAAUCAUACGGUUACAGCUGUUUUUGGAAGCGUUCCGUUGAGUCUAUGGGGGAACUGGAAAAAGACUUCAUCUGGCAACGUCGCACAAUUUCGUCUUGAAUUGGGAAUUUCCUUCUGAUACCAAAAAUGGGGAGGAAAUUGAGGAUAGGUUUGAAAAAACAUCAAGGGGUUGCUGGAGGUGCGGCGGUUUAGAAUGCGACGUAGCCAGACUAUGUGAUAUUUCUUAAUCUUCACGAAAGUUGAGGAAAAUUAAUAUUAUGCAAUAUAUUGCCAAGUGUUCAUAAUAAUGCAAGAUUUGCAGCUUAUCAUUGUUGCUGUGUUGAAAUCAUAUCGAAUGGUUGCUUGAAAAUUCAGUAUUAACUAUAAAUAUACGAUUAAAACGUUUGGAAUUGUUCAGUACAAACUACGACCAAUCAAUUUAGAGAAUUCGAAUAUUUCCUUGGAUGGAACUCGGUCGGGUAGAGGGAAAACUGUUUCAGUCUAGACAUGUACAUAUUGUAUAUCGGAAAAUAGCAUGCAGGAAGUUUUCAAAAACAGCUUUUUGGCACAACUUACUUUCGGAUUGCCGUAGGGACCUAUCGGAUCUUUUUUCACGACCUUUCUCUCCGAUAUUUCACGGACAUUUGUUGUGCCUUUCCAUAAUGUAUAAACGCACAUCUAGAUUUCUCUAUUUUCACUGAUGGGAAAUAUACAGGUUGACGCGAACGACAGUCUCAAAAUCCGAACACCAAAUCACCCUGUAUAUCUCUGUUGUGUGUUAUGUUGGUGCCUUCGUUCACUGUUUCGCUUCGAUGAUUUACCUCUGUAAUCAUUUUUGGAGCCAUCGUCAUCAAGAUAAUUAGUUUAAACAUCAUCAUCUUUUGUAUGCAAAGAUUACAUAUUGAUUAUUCUAUUUCUUGAAGUGACUCACACGUUGAAUUGCUCCAACAGUAUAUCAUCACAUUGUUUUUGUACAGUUAUUUAUAAGAUAUACAAAAUAUUAUAAAUAUAUGUGUGUUAACUGAACAAAUAAACAAGGAAAAAUAUCAUAGAAAAAAUCUAAAAAUAUCGAAUAUCAGAGAACCAUUCCUUUUGUAAAUAUUCGAAAACUUAUCCAAUAUUAUAUGCAGCUUUGAGUUUUUUUCGCGAAAAAAUACCCGAAAUCAGUUCUCGAUUAUACAGGGUAACCCAUCUUAAAAAAUCCACAAAUAUAACUCCUUGGUGUGAAAAUAUUUAACGAAGAUUAACAUCCUGCAAAGAAAAACGUGUAUAUUUCAAAAAAUCUGGAAGAUUAAGAGGCUUUUCUGGUCCAGGCUGUUCCCAACGAAUUAUUUCAGGGUGUUUUUCAAAAUGGGUCAGACUGUGUAUAAUCUAUGGCAGAGAAAAGUUAAUUUUCAUUGAUAAAAUUAUGUAUGAGGUUGGUUAACAGUCUGAAUGAAAAAUAUCAGGUUAACAUUUUCAAAUUAUGAACUUUCUCACAUGAUCCAUCUAGUAAUACUCUACAGGGUGUUCCAAUCAAACAGGCCAAAAAAAAUUCAAAUAGAUAUUCAUGAAAUAAUCAUAAUUUUAUGUUCAACUUCUGGAAAUUUUUGUAAAAAGGAUACUGAUGAUGUUCACAUCAUUAUUAUGAUUGAAAAAAAACGUCGACUGUGAAGAUACAAGGUGGCCCAAGCAAAACUUUCACCAGAAAUACUUCCGAACUGAGUUUUUUCGAAAACACUUUGGUGUUUGUGAAUUUUUCCGAUCUGCACGGCGUCUGGAACACCCUUUGAAUUUUUUGCAUUGAUGUUUUCAUGUGACGCCAAAACAAGGGUACUUUUUCGUGAAAAAAAUAAUCGCGGAUAUCGCUCAGCAAGACUUAAGUGUGCAAGAAUUUAGUGAGACAACUAAAAUACUUGUGGGGUUGUGAAAAUAAAAAAAACACAUAUUCAUAUCAAUAUCAUCGUUAUUAUAAAUAAUAUGAAUUUUCCCAUUUUGUUUUGUGAAAGUUAUAAUAAAGGAUGCAGCUUGUUGAAAAACGUUUGGUGUAUCAUACACAAAUCUGUACCAAAGAAAAAUUUAUGAAUAAAGAUCAUUUACAAGUU